GCCCAGACCCCAUGGGAAUUGGUGGGGGCGCGGAGGUGGGAGCGGCCCCAGGGUUUUUUUCCGGGAGCAGCCCGGACUCCUGAGGCCCCUCCUCCUCCCCCCGUCCCCCUCCUUCUCGGGCGGAGGCGGGGCAGCUGUGGCCGUGGCCGUGGGCGUGCGCGCAGAGGAGGGAGGAGGCGGUGGCGGCUGCCGGGCCGGGCCGGGCCGGGGCAGGGGGUGCAGCGAUGGCGUCCGCCGGCCAGGGCCAGGGCCUCGAGCGGGGAUCGGGGCCCGAACGGGGGUCCGGUCGUGGCCGAGGGCGGCCCCGGAACCGAGUCCGGCGCUGGCGGCGAAUACUGUACUGGAUCCCCGUGCUCUUCAUCGGCCUCCUGCUCGGCUGGUCCUACUACGCCUACGCUGGACAGCUCUGCGUGGUGUCAAUGGAAAAUAUCGGAGAACAAGUUGUGUGCCUAACAGUGUAUCACUUCCUCUUUGCGAUGUUUAUCUGGUCUUACUGGAAAACCAUCUUCACGUUGCCAAUGAAUCCUUCAAAAGAAUUCCAUCUGUCCUACGCAGAGAAGGAGCUCCUGGAACGAGAGCCUCGAGGAGAGACUCAUCAGGAAAUUCUUAAGCGAGCAGCCAAAGAUCUUCCCAUCUACACAAGAACCAUGUCUGGAGCAAUUCGAUACUGUGACCGAUGCCAGCUCAUAAAGCCAGACCGAUGCCAUCACUGUUCCGUCUGUGAUAAAUGUAUUUUGAAAAUGGACCACCACUGCCCUUGGGUGAACAAUUGUGUUGGAUUCUCAAAUUACAAAUUUUUCCUCCUUUUCUUGGCUUAUUCCCUCCUCUACUGCCUGUUUAUCGCCGCAACGGAUUUACAGUAUUUUAUCAAGUUUUGGACAAAUGGCCUUCCUGAUACCCAAGCCAAGUUCCACAUCAUGUUCUUAUUCUUUGCGGCCGCCAUGUUCUCUGUCAGUUUGUCUUCACUUUUUGGCUACCACUGUUGGCUGGUUAGCAAAAACAAGUCUACCUUAGAGGCUUUCAGAAGUCCUGUCUUUCGCCAUGGAACAGACAAGAAUGGCUUCAGCCUGGGGUUCAGAAAAAACCUGUGCCAAGUAUUUGGAGAUGAAAAAAAGUAUUGGCUGUUGCCUGUGUUUUCCAGCCUUGGUGAUGGAUGCUCCUUCCCCACUUGCCUCGUGAACCAGGACCUCGAGCAGCCCUCUGCUCCAGCUGGACUGACCCCAGCCGUCAAAAACCUCGAAGCCCACCAGUUUCCUUCAAAACCAUUAAGGGAAUCCCAGAGCCACCUUCUUACUGACUCUCAGUCUUGGACAGACAGCAGCACAAACUCAGACAAGGGAAAAAUAGGAAUGAGCAAUCCUGGGCUGACCAUAGAAAAUGAAACCUAGAGGAGCUGAAGCUCACAAGGUCUGAGGUCAUGGAGCUGUGAUCACCAGAGAAGACCCUUCAGUGAGGAAGGACAUCCCAUGAUUGGCCCGUUGAUUCCAUUUACUCCUUGCGUAGACCUGCUCAGACAACAGAGCAGAGACGAUUCCUUCUCUGUGUCAUUGCUUGAACAUAACAGAAAUUGCAGAAAUUUUUGUAAAAUGUAAAGAAUGUUUCCACUAACACAAAACCCUGCUGAAUGCUAAGAGGUCAGUGGCAGGCUAUGAGCUGGGAGGACGGGGAAGCUUUCCUCCCUUCCUUGGGCAUCUUGGAGGACAGAAUUCACUCCUGAGUGACCUUUACCACCAGGGAUCCAGAUAGCACAAGUUAUUAUCUAAAUAGGUAAUUCGGUCAGCUGACUUUCAAGUCUAAAACCCUUUCAUGCCGGGCCAUCCCUCGAAGUCAGACUCUCCCACCAAAUCCGUCUUUAGGGAAGCAGAAAUUUGAGAGUUUGGGCUCCAGUGCUGGCUGGCUGCCUCUUGUUCCCGGGGUGACCCUGACCGGGUUUCUAAGCCUCUCUUUCCUCCUCUAUAAAAUGAGGCCCCUGAAGUCCGUCCCAGUGUCCCAACCAGUCCUGUCAUUCUCUGACCGAUGGCUACGUGAGGAGGUAGAAGGAAGAGAUCAGACCCAGCUGGGGGGAUCCUUGAGGAUGCAAGAAGAGCAGUGAAAUCAAAUCUUGCUCAGUGGUCAUCUCCAUCCUGUGCUCCAAAGGGCAUGUCUGAAGGGGAAGAUCUGAGACUGUACGGGGACCGGAGUCAACAGAAGACUAGUCCUCGUGCCGCGUUCUUUGUCACAUUGGCAGGAGAAUUCCUUUCCCCAAUUUCAGGCUUCCUAGAAUUGACAAAAACAGCAAGAUGAGGUCACCAACUUCAAGAAGGCCAAGUGGAAGCGGUUCCAACCGGCUUCUGAAUCUGUCUCUAACCUGUUUCUCCGGGUCGUACCCAAUCUAGGGAAAUGGUUGCACUUCGGUCAGAAUCUCUGCUAGGCCGAUGGUGUUGACACCCUCUUGCGGCUUAGCAAAAUCCUCAAGCAUGUUUUACGAUGGGGUUGUGCAGAGCCCACGGAAAACUCUGCUUCGAGUCUGAGGUUGGGCUCAAAAUAAACUGAAGGGGUAUUUUUAAUGAGGUCAUGCUGAAAUGUUGUGUCCUGCCCCCACUGAGAAACCCUCGUGCCUUUGUACGCACUGACGAUAGCCAGAAUAUUAAUUCGCGUGUUCUAUUUUGAGGGGUGAGCCCAUGAGUUUUAUAUAAGCAUUAGGAUUUUACACUGUUUAUUGCACUGAUCCCAGAGUGUAGUGCUUAGUGCCUGUUCACAGGACUGGAGUCCGGUUAUCGAGGAAAGGAUGACGGUGCUGCAGUUCUCGCCGUGUUUGCUUAGGCAAAGACACAAUGCCAUGCAUAGAAAACCAGGCAGGGCCCAGGGAACACCAUCUCCACCCAAGGGCCCCUCGUGGCUGUAUUCCUUCAGAAUGAGAGCCUGGUUCUUAAUUCAAACGGGGUGAGUUUAGAGAAGACGGCCGAAACCUUCUUUCCUGCCAAAGCCCACUGGUGCAGCAUUGCCGUGAGGUUUCCAGGGGGAAUUCUGGCAGGAGGGAUGGGGCCGCUUUCUUUUUCCUUUUGAGAAAUGACAAUGAUCUUGACCUGGCGUCCCUGGGUUUCCUUUGCGAAAUCUUUUCUUGGCGCGUGUUACAUCUUCAUUUUGAUUUUGGUGUAAAGGGUUUUGGUUCUGGUUUUUUACAAGGAAUCACGGUCAUAACUUGAGAUUUCACCCAUUAGGCGCCGGCUGUCUAUGACGGGAACAGAGUUCCGUGAGGGCCUCAUGGGGGUGAGCGUGACGGGUUGAGAAUGCUGUAUUUUAAAGGCCACAAUGGCGGCGCCUGUUUGUACAGGCGGUCCCUAGGUGGCAAUUUUUGGAAGACGAGGGUACUUGUCAAAGGGGAUGACCUCUUUCUCCCCAUCCAACCUGUUUGCUGUCCUGUCUGGUUUCCCACUUAAGUGUUUUGCAUAACUGCUCAUUAUUAAAAGGAGACUUGAUCAAGUUGA